AUAUAAAAAUAAGUAUAUAUUAAAGUUAAAAGUGUCAUGAGGAAAUUUGUAUAUUGCAAAGUGGUCCUUGCCACUUCAUUGGUUUGGGUCCUUUUGGAUAUGUUUAUGUUACUUUACUUCAGCGAAUGCAAUAAAUGUGAUGAAAAAAAAGAGCGAGGACUUCCACCAGGAGAUGUUCCAGAAUUGGUGCAAAAACCUCAUGAAGGUCCAGGAGAAAUGGGGAAGCCUGUUGCCAUUGCUAAAGAAGACCAAGAGAAAAUGAAGGAAAUGUUUAAAAUCAAUCAGUUUAAUUUAAUGGCCAGUGAAAUUAUUGCACUCAACAGAUCUUUACCUGAUAUUAGGCUGGAAGGCUGUAAGACAAAAUUAUAUCCUGAUAAUCUUCCUACAACAAGUGUUGUAAUUGUUUUUCAUAAUGAAGCUUGGAGUACUCUCUUGCGAACUGUUCAUAGUGUAAUAAACAGAUCACCAAGACAUAUGCUGGAAGAAAUUAUCCUGGUAGAUGAUGCUAGUGAAAGAGACUUCUUGAAGAGACCAUUGGAGAACUUUGUGAAAAAAUUACGAAUACCAGUGUAUGUGAUUCGAAUGGAGCAGCGUUCUGGACUCAUCAGAGCCAGAUUGAAAGGAGCUGCUGCCUCCAAAGGCCAAGUCAUUACCUUUUUAGAUGCUCAUUGUGAAUGCACUCUAGGUUGGCUUGAGCCUCUGUUAGCACGGAUUAAAGCUAACAGGAAAAUUGUAGUUUGUCCUAUCAUUGAUGUAAUCAGUGAUGACACAUUUGAAUAUAUGGCAGGCUCUGAUAUGACUUAUGGAGGAUUCAACUGGAAGUUAAAUUUCCGAUGGUAUCCUGUUCCUCAGAGAGAAAUGGAUAGAAGGAAAGGUGAUCGGACUCUUCCAGUUAGGACACCUACAAUGGCAGGAGGCCUCUUUUCCAUAGACAGAGAUUAUUUUCAAGAAAUUGGAACAUAUGAUGCUGGAAUGGAUAUAUGGGGAGGAGAAAACCUUGAGAUUUCAUUCAGAAUAUGGCAGUGUGGAGGAACUUUGGAAAUCGUAACAUGUUCACAUGUGGGACAUGUUUUUCGAAAAGCCACUCCUUAUACUUUUCCAGGAGGCACUGGACAAAUUAUUAAUAAAAAUAAUAGGCGACUUGCAGAAGUUUGGAUGGAUGAGUUCAAAACUUUCUUUUACAUAAUUUCUCCAGGAGUUACAAAGGUGGAUUAUGGAGACAUUUCUUCACGACUUGGACUAAGACAGAAGCUACAGUGCAAACCUUUUUCCUGGUAUUUAGAGAAUGUUUAUCCUGAUUCCCAAAUACCACAACACUAUUUCUCUUUGGGAGAGAUACGAAAUGCGGAAACAAAUCAAUGUCUAGAUAAUAUGGCACGAAAAGAAAAUGAAAAAGUUGGAAUUUUUAAUUGCCAUGGAAUGGGUGGUAAUCAGGUUUUCUCAUACACAGCUAACAAGGAGAUCCGAACAGAUGAUCUGUGCUUAGAUGUCUCCAAACUUAAUGGUCCAGUCACAAUGCUCAAAUGCCAUCACUUAAAAGGCAAUCAACUUUGGGAAUAUGAUCCAGUGAAAUUAAUCCUGUUGCAUGUGAACAGUAACCAGUGCCUGGAUAAAGCCACUGAAGAAGACAGCCAGGUACCCAGUAUCAAGGAUUGUAAUGGUAGCCGUUCACAGCAAUGGCUUCUUCGUAAUGUCACCCUUCCAGAAAUAUUCUGAAAGGUUUUUAAGACAAAGAUUGACUGGACUACCUCAGUGAGUGCAUUUGCUAUAUUAUGUUCCAAGCAAAGGCUGCAAGUUGUUUGAUCACUGGAGCAAUCUGUUCUAAAGUUCUAAGAGCUGUGAACCAGCUAUCCUGGUGUUUAAACAUGGAGCUAACUAAAGGAGUUACUUGUGAUGCUUUAUGCACUAAUGUUUACAAAAAAUCAUUUUGUAGAACACAUGGACAGUGGAAAUAUAAUUGAGGAAAUAUGCUCUCUGGAGAACAGCACAGCUUAGUUUGCUUGUAUAUCAGCAACCUCCCAAAAUGCUGUUAGAAAUAUUCUUAAGAUGUCUGGGUGAAGUUCAAUAUUUACCCAAAGAUCAUAUAAAAAUA